AUGCCGUUUGAACGGGCAGCCAGCGUGAAGGCUUUGGAGCUUGCAGAGGGAUUUUCAGCAGAAGAGAUCCGCAAAGUCUGUUUAUCUUUGGCAGCCCAGAGCCGCAGAUCUGUCCCACUGCUCAGAGCUCUAUCCUACCACCUUCUUCAGAAGCCGUCUUCAGAGGUCACCACUCCACUAAUACUGGACAUGGCUUUUGCAUACGGGAAGUUAAAUUUCCACCAUUCUCAGGUAUUUCAGCGAAUGGCCUCGGAGUUGUUACCCAGAGUCCCUGAGCUCAGUUGUGCUGACGUCACACGCUGUGCUAAAUCACUGGGCUUCCUCAAAUGGCUCCACAUCCCUCUCUUUGAGGCCUUUGCUGAGCACUACACAGCAAACAGUGAGAAGUACAGUACCCUUCAGCUCUGUAAUCUGCUCAUGACCUUUGCCAGACUUAACUUCGAGCCCAGCAAUGGAGAAGAUUUCUAUAGCACGGUUCACUCUGUGCUGGAGCAGUCUCUCUCAGGCCUGGAGCCCUUCUUGCAGACAGAUGUGGUUUGGGCUCUGUGUGUGCUGCAGCAGGCCAAGCCCCAAUACCUCAUCCCCCUCACACAACAGCAUCACGUUACCAAACUGUCAGAUGGCAGUCCAGUUCGAGUGGAGAACUAUAAGCUGAAGCUCCUUCACAUUGCUGCCACUCUCCACUUAGAGCAUCCAGGUUCCUCAGAUACUCCAUCCUCUCUGAAUUCCCUGUCUGUCCCUGCCAGCAGCUCGCCCCUCUCCCCCCUGCAGAGCAGUUUACGAGGGGCUAUACAGAGCUUGGUGGGUGGGAGGACAGAGGCCCUUCGCACUGGGGUUGACACUGUUUAUGGAUGGACUAUUGAUGCUGAGGUAGUAGUGGAUUGUGACAACAAGCCACUUGACAUUUUGAUGCUGAAAGCCCCUCAUCUUCCCAGUGGAGGAGGAGACAAGGCUUUACCUGUAGGGGCACAGCGGCUUGCUUUCUUGGCUUGGGAAUUUCCAAACUUUUGCUCAAAGAGUAAAGACCUUCUGGGGCGGUUUGUAAUGAUGAAGCGACAUCUCCAGUUGGCUGGCUUCAUAACAGUGGAGGUGCCAUAUUAUGAGUGGCUGGAGCUAAAGACAGACCGGCAGAAAUCGGCAUACCUGAAGGAUAAAAUGGGGAAGGCUGUGGCCGAGGACAUGGCCAAGUGAACCGAUCAGUCUAGAGCAAAUCUGCAGACUCAGCAGAAUCCGAGCUUUCCCAACCAAAUGGUACCACGGCGAGUACACACGCGCACCCACGUUCACCCUCCGAACGGAGCAGCAUUGCAGAAAAGCUCUCUCAUACUUUAAAAAAACAAACAUAUUUUAACUCUGGUUCCCUUGGCAACAUGUGGGGCUUUCCCUGUUUCCAUGGUGAUGACGAGCAAGAGUUUUGGAGUAAGAGAGAAAGACAGAAAUAAACAGCGAAUCUUUCUGUAGAAAUGAAAUAAGGCUUUGCAUCUGCAAGUGACAUGUCAAAACAGAAGCAUUUAGGUGUAUAAUUUUGGCCAGACGUUAAUACGUCGUAAUAUCAUCAUGUGAAUUGAUUGAAAUAACUUAAUUAUCUCUGUGAAUGUGUGUUGUCUUGUGAAGAAAUAAAUUGUUUUAUUUAAAA